AUGUUUUUAAUACUCAAACAUGUUUCCAAACAUUUCAGUAAAACAGCUCGUCGUGCGCUUUUCUUUGGCGUUUUUGAUGGGAAGUUUUCAAGCGACUUUGAGUCUGAAGUUGCUUUAAUUCCACAAAAAGUAAUUUACAAUAUUUUUAAUUCGGACACUCGUCUUUGGACUAUUGACCAUUUUACAAUUUUAAAUGAAUAUGUUGCUGCUAUGGCUAUUUUGCCGUUUGUUGUUGGCUCUCUACAUAAUGACUUGAAAUUGAAUAUAAAUUCAAACAAGGUUUUAAUUAUUGGACUCGGUGGAGGGUCUCUGGAUAUGUUUUGGCAUAAACGAUUUCCUUGGUUAAAUAUUACAAUAUUUGAAAUAAAUCCAAAUGUUGUUAAAUUAACUGAAAAAUGGUUUGAUGCAGUUAAUGAUGACACCAGACAUGUUUUUGUACAAGAUGGAAUUUUGGCUUUUAAUGGAAAAUUGAAUAUUGAAAAGGGAAGGAAGGCUGUGAAUAAUAAUGAUUCUCAACUUUACGAUGCCAUAGUAAUCGAUGCUUGUGACCCAAUAAAAAAUGCUUCAAUUAAAAACAAAAAUAAAAAACAACAAGAAACUGACUUUCAACAACAAAUGCCAUGCCCCUCCUCCAAUUUAAUUUCCCCAACAUUUUUGGGAUUAAUUAAAAGAAAAUUAACUUUGAAAGGGGUUGCAAUAUUUAAUUUAUUACCUUUGGAGAACGAAGAAGUUAAUGUUAAAAGAUUUGUUCAGAGAAGAUUGGCAGCACAUUUUCCGACUUGUAUUCGAUAUAAAAUGGCUAAACAGUCUAAUAAUAUUCUCGCUUGUCUUCCCUAUUCAAUCACACAACGUCGAAAAUCGUCAAAAGAGCCAACUGAACUAACAAAUGAAAUGUUCAAUUUUUGGAAAAUGCGUCUGGCUACAUUAAUACGUGAAUUUGGUUUUAAAGAGUUGCUAAAUGAUUCGACUUUAAUGAAUUUUUGA